AUGUCUUCAGGCAUUAAACCCUCAGCAAAAUGUGAGGCCACGUAUAAAGAGAUGAAAAUGAACCACUGUUACCGCUAUGUCUUGUUUCAAAUUAUUGAUAAUGAAAUAAGUGUAAUCAAAAUUGCUCCCAGAGAUGAAACUAUGUCACAAUUUAAAGAUGAAGUUUCAAAGUACCAAAACAAGGGUUGUUAUGGUGUAGUAGACUACGAAUGUGAAGGUGGUAAAGGGGCGAACUUAAUAUACUUCUCAUUAGUGUCCGACUCUGCACCCCCCACAGCAAGGAUGUUAUAUGCGACAACGCGAAAGUCGCUGUCUUCGUGUUUGGACGGGUUAAAAGCUGAUAUUGAAGCUCACGACAUCAAUGAACUUAUGGAGAAAUUAGAAACCAGUGCAGCUGCGGAUAAAAACCACUCUAAACAUUAG